AUGCCUGGUGUUAAUUGUAAUUUAAUGAGAUAUUCAAAUACUUUGAAUGAAAGAAACAUUCUUACAAUGAUCGAUCGUUUUAGACUAAGAUUUCGCUAUCAAAAAAGAUCAGCAAACGCAAAUAUGGAAGCGAAAACUUCAACUUCGACGCCGCCACCCUGUUAUGAUUCAGAUGACGAAAGUAACUUGCGUCUGUGGAAUAAUAGCGCUCCUGGAGCAGUCGGUAAUGAUUCUUGCAAAGAUAUUCCAUUUCUUAAAGUCUUCAUGCCGAAUGCGUCAGCUCCGCAAACCGAUAUUGGUAUUAUCAUAAUUCCGGGAGGUGGCUACGAUAAACUGACUGAUAGCAACGAACAAACACCUGUUGCUUAA